UAGAAUAUGUAUCUUUAAUGAACGGAGGGAGUACUAGGUAAUAAUCCGUACUUUGCACGGAAUAAGAUUAUUAAUUUUGUUAUUUCUUAAGAUAAAAAAAAUUAGGUUUAUUUAAUUUGGAUAUCACUUCGGUUUUAAGUUAGUUUUUGGUUUUUAAUCUACUAAAAUAUAACUACAAUUUUAAAUCAAUAUUUAAAAUGCUUGAGGUUUUUGAUUUUUUCGAUGAUAACCAAAAACUAUUAUUAUUUGUUUGGUUUCAUGUUAUAUGAACUUUAGACAGUCCUGAUGUCGAACCAAUGGUUUCAUAUUAUAAUUUCUAAAUGCAUGAAAAAUCAAAUCAAAUUUAGAUAAUAAUUGAAGAAAAAUAAAAAAAAUUAUUAAGACAAAUCAUUUCAUUACAAUUUGGUCGAUGGUGAAAUGAAACAUUGAAAAAAAUAUUCCAACUUCCAAGAGAAUUAGAAUCCUCACUUGUAGUGAAUAUUUAUUUAUAUAUGUGUUCACGUCAAUGUGCACAUGCACAUAGGACUGAGAAAAAAAUAUCCGUAAAUUUUGAUUUGACUUGUUAUCAUUUUCGUUUGAAACAGAAAAAUCCGGAUAUCUGUAGCUCUACGAAGAAAAACAAAUACUAAUAUGCAAUAUCCAUAAAAAUGAAGCAAAUCACAAAUACUAAUAUUUAAAAACGGAUAUCUGAUCUGAUCCAUUAUAUGCAUAUAUAUAUAUAUAUUUGAUGAAUUAGUUAUAUAAGUUAUAUAAAUAUUAUAUUUAAUAUAAGUCUUACAAUAUUAUUUACUAAAUUUAUUUAAUUAGUUAUUAGUAUUCAAAAAGUAAAUAAGUUUUUUUUUGUAGUAAAAUUUUAUUAUUUUAUAUUAUUUAGAUUUUUAUUUUAUUUUUAUGGAUCGAAUCAGAUACCAGUUAAAAAUCUAAUUUUUUUCAGAUAUAUGGGACAUCGAAUAUAUCCGGAAAGCUACGAAUUGAAUUGAAUCAAAUCGAAUAAUUGGUUAUUCGGACGAAACAGAUCGAAUCACAGUACCUCCAAAACCAUGAAUAUUUGAUUCGUGCCCACAUCUACAUGUAUAUAAAUAAAUAUAUAUAUAUAUAUAUAAAUGAUUGAUAAAUAUUUAAAUAUACCAUUAAUUAAAUUAAAAGAUAUUUUUUGUUCAAAAUAACACAUGAAAGAUAAAAAAAAAUUAAAAUAAAUAUCAAGUAGAAAUAAAAUUGGCAUAUACAUUAGUGAAUUUUUUGCAAAUAUUCAUUUUAUGUAGAAUAUUUUCAUAUAAUUCGUAGAAUCAUGCAUGUGAGUUUAUAUUGAAAAAACGUAAAAUGGUAUAUAAUAUGAACACAUUUAUGUAGAGUUUGGCUGAGAAACUUUCUACACGUGACACAUCAGCGUAUUCAUUCUGAAAUAGUUUUGAGACUGCCACGUGACGAACAUAAAGUGAACAUUAAAUGAUAAUUUUCUAUUUUCAUAUGUAAGGGAUUAAUUCAUCUGUUUUUAUAAAAGUUGUUUAUUUUCUUUCUUUAUUUUGACUAAAAAGUUGUAUAUUUUCUGUCUUUAAAAUAGUGUAGUUAAAUAUUUAAUCUAUCUUUUGUCAACAAUUGAUUAAUGCUAAUAUUUCAUUCAACAUGGUUAAGUUAAUGGAUUUUAGACGAUUAUCGUAAUCUUUCUAGAAAUGAAGAGGUUGAUGGGGAAGGAUUGUAGAUGCUGUACACAACCAUUUUUCUUUCUAAAACUUUUUUUGUAAAGCGAUUAUGUUUUCCUCUAAAACUUUAAUUUAUAACAAAAAAAAGUAAGAAAAUUUAUGAUAGUUCUAGAAAUCAAUUUUUACAGUUUUCAUUACUGUUUUUUAUGUCUUUGAAAUUAAAAUAAAUCUACAGUAAAAAUAAAAUAAAAUCACAACAAAAAAUUACAGCCUAAUUUAUAAAACAAACAACAUAAAGUUACAGUAUCAACCAAUCAUACACGAAGGAUGACAAAAAAAACAACCAUACACGAAGAAUAGUAUAAUAGUAUAAUUUUCUAACAAUAUUAUUAUUAUUUUUUAUCAACGCUGGUUCAAUGUACCAGCCGUCUCGAAAACUUAGGAGGACAUGUUUCGUGAUAUAAAUCACUCUUAACUAAAAUUCACCAACAAAGCUGCAUUGGUGCAAUUAAUAACUAAUGAUUAUGGCUCCAUGUAUAAUUAAUCUCAUUGAACAGAAAAUGUUAUCUGCAAAUCGAUAUCUGAAACCAAUAAUUUGUGAAAAUGGAUAACCCUUGUCUCGCAUAUGUUUCUAUACUACAGUACAUAAAUUCAUUUAUCUAUUUUCACUCACAAAUUACAUUAUCAGUUUAAAGAGUAAUCCAACAAAUUACAAUUUACAAGUCGUAAAAAAUGAAUUUCUAACAUCCAAAUCCAAUCAAUAAUUAUAUCCAAUGUAGUAAUUAGUGUCUUAUCCCAAUAUAAAAAUGCCAAAACUUAAGAAAAAGUGGACCAAUUAGUGAAUCAAAACAGCAUAUAUAUAAUAAAAACAAAUUAAAUGUUAAAGAAAAAAAUUGUUCUUUCAACAAAAAAAAUUCAAGUGGACCAAUUAGUGAAUCAAAACAGCAUAUAUAUAAUAAAAACAAAUUAAAUGUUAAAGAAAAAAAUUGUUCUUCAACAAUAAAAAUUCUUCAAUUUUAAUCUUUUUUUUUGUUAAAUAUGAACUAAAACAUUUUUCUUGAAUAUGUCAUAAACUUCAACCAUAACGGAAAUGAGCCGACCUAAUGUUCUUCUUCAGAUUGAUUUAUGAAUACUGAUAUGGAAUGAUAUUUCAUUCUGGGAGUUCAGAAAGUAAGUUUGAAUAUUAAGGAUUAAUGUAUCUGAAACAAAUAACAACAAAACUUGUGGCAAGAUAAAUAAGUUAUUCCUUCUAUUUAUUUUCUAACAUUCAAGUCACAAAACCGGGUGCAACGCAAAAAUAACAUAAGGAAGAAACCAUUUAAAUUCGAGUAAGGUUCCAUAUAAUCCGAUUAGUCAUUUAGUAACUGUGUAAGAGUGAUCGUGGUUGCGGGAGUCGCAAUCACUAGUCAUGCGUUCUUUGUUCUUGUUUUACUAACUUUUUAGUUAAAGCUUUUUCUAUGGGCUUGUUUUUCAAUCCUUUUUUUUUUAUUUUGCUAAACUUUUUGCUAUCUUUUUCGAACUUGUGGAUUAAAAUCCAUAUUCUGUAAUGUUGUUUAUGUUUAAUUUGAAAAACUUUAGCCAAAAUUUUUUUAUAAGAAUGAAGUCUACAUUUUGAAGGUGUUAAUAGAAUUCUAUGAUAUUUCAGAUUAUGACCUGAUUUUUUUUUGUGGGUUAAUCUAUACUUUCUACCUUGUUUGAUCCCUAAAGUUAUUUGUAUUCUGACAAAAUUCUUUGGCGCAUACGGCCAUCAAAACUGAAAUUUGCAUAUCCAUCAUACUUCUAUCAACUUUUGCCCUUUCUAAUACUAACACCAUGGUAAAUUUAACCUAUUAAACUUUUAAUGAUUAUUUACUAAUUACUGUUUCUAUAAACUGAACUUUAUACAUAUGAGCCUUUCAUAGGAUAGGAUUAUAGGAAUAUGGUGGUAAAGCGUGGCCCAACAGUCCUCUUGGUUCUUUUAAAAAUCUUUUAUGGAGCCACAAAAACUUAAAAAUGUAAUACCACAUUCAACCAAAAAUUGGAUUUAUUCACACUUUCAUAUAAAAAUAAAACUAUUCACAGUAAGAGACGUCAGUCAAUUUCAUUUUUAAAAAUUUUGAACUCAAGAUUCAUCGAAUAUGCCCAGAAUUAAUGUGGUGGCCCUAUGUGUUUACGAGACCCUACUAUUAAAUAGCUCAAACUUGAUAGCAUAGAAUAAACAAAUACACAACCGAGUGUAUAAUAUAAUCCACUAACUAGUGCUCAGAAGCGGCUCUCUACUUAAUUACAGUAGUUAGCCUUUUCCUAAACAAACAAUUACAACAAAACAAAGAAAAGAAAGCAAAGAAACAAGAAACAUUGCUUUAGAGGGAACAUCGCAAGAUCGAGAAGUGUAAAAAGUAUUAACUUUCCCAUUAAACGACGAACAGAUUUCUAUUUUCUUAUUAAUUUCUCCCCCUCUUGUCUUCGUCAUUCACCUGAAGAAAAAAACAGAGGAGAGAACGAGCAGAAGCAGCUCUAUACCUUUCUUUAAUCGUUUCUCUCUCUCUCUCUAUAAGACAUUGAUGGGAUCGGAUCUUGAAGACUAACUCGUCAACGAAGAAGAAACAUUCUCGAUCAACGUCAAAAAAAAAAGCAGCAUCGAACACCUUCAAUGGAUCCUUCAAUCGAUCACGCUUCUUCAUCUUCAAAACCAAGAAUCACUCAAGCUAAAUCCAAACCCUCCGUUACAUCACGUUCCAUCGACUCAAGAGCCACCAAGAAACAAGAACCGCCAUUAACAGCAACAGAAACUUCCCCUGAAGUUUACGAACAACACUCUGUUUCAUCUCACAUCACACAGAAGACGAAGCAUAAGAAGAAGAAACAACCCGAGCCUAGAUUCUACCCGAGCCCAACCAACACUUUCUACACAGCGCCGCUCUACACAGAAGCCAAGCAAAGCUUCAGCGACUGCGCGAGCACGCUCAACGUCGGAGGAAUCGAUCUCGAGAAGAUGGGUGUGUUGACGUACAGAGGAAGCACGGGGAGCGACGAGAGCAGCUCGAGCGGGUUGAGCAACAGCGCCGGUUACAAGCCUCACAGAGCUAACAACGACAAGCGUUGGGUCGCGAUCCAGGAGGUAAGGUCUCGGGUCGGGUCGUCUCUUGAGGCUAAAGACUUCAAGCUUGUGAAGCGGCUCGGAGGUGGUGACAUCGGGACUGUUUACUUAGCGGAGUUGAUAGGGACGGGAGAGACGUUCGCUGUGAAGGUUAUGGAGAAGGCGGCUAUUGCGGCGAGGAAGAAGCUCGUGAGGGCUCAGACGGAGAGGGAGAUACUACAGUCGUUGGAUCAUCCGUUCUUGCCUACUCUGUAUUCGCAUUUCGAAACGGAGAAUCAUUCGUGUCUGGUUAUGGAGUUUUGUCCCGGUGGUGAUUUGCAUUCUCUCCGGCAGAAACAGCCUGGAAAGUACUUCCCGGAACACGCUGCUAGAUUCUACGUUGCUGAGGUGCUUCUAGCGAUGGAGUAUCUACACAUGCUAGGGAUCAUAUACAGAGACCUUAAGCCAGAGAACGUGUUAGUACGUGAAGAUGGACACAUAAUGCUAUCAGACUUCGAUCUCUCCCUGAGAUGCUCAGUCUCUCCAACCCUAGUUCGAUUCGCAGCGACCACCACACUCGAAUCCAAACCCUCAAGCUACUGCAUCCAGCCGAGCUGCAUCGUCCAGCCAGACUGCAUCCAGCCAGUGUGUUUCACUCCACGGUUCUUGUCCAAAAGCAAGAACAAGAAGAAACUAAACGAGUCGGCGAGGCAAGUCAGACCACUCCCGGAGCUCAUGGCUGAACCAACAAGCGCACGGUCCAUGUCCUUCGUCGGAACACACGAGUACUUAGCGCCAGAGAUCAUCAAAGGAGAAGGGCACGGAAGCGCGGUUGACUGGUGGACGUUCGGGAUAUUCCUGUACGAGCUUCUGUUUGGUAAGACGCCGUUUAGAGGAGACGUGAACAGAGCGACGCUGUUCAACGUGGUUGGACAGCCGUUGAGGUUUCCGGAACAUCCUAGUGUGAGCUUUGCGGCUAGGGACUUGAUCAGAGGGUUGCUGGUGAAGGAGCCUCAGCAUAGGUUGGCUUACAGGAGGGGAGCUACUGAGAUUAAGCAGCAUCCUUUUUUUCAGAGUAUUAACUGGGCUUUGAUCAGAUGCACUAACCCACCUCAGGUUCCACAGCCGGUGAAGAUCAUGGAUAAUGCUCAGAGUCAAGGACAUGGUUGUAGCCGUAGUCAAGGAGAUGGUAAGCCGCCAACUGUUGUUGUGGAUGUGAAGCCUUCUGGUAAUUAUUUGGAGAUUGAUUUCUUCUGAUUUUGUCUGUCUUUCUCAUUCUUGAUUCUACGACGGCGUGUAUGUUAGUCAAGUGUAUAAUGAUUUUUUGCUUUUUGGAUUUGUCUAGACUUUGGUCUGAUGUGUGUUUUAUCUUACUGGAUGACUAUGUUUGUGUCUUCACAUUAUGGUGACGUUGUACAUAUUGGAAACAAGUUUCCUUUAAUCCAAGAAUGGAAAUGUUAAUUUGCUUGUCAAUCAAGUUUUAUUU